CUUUUCACUCAUAUUUCGGGUGUUAAUUGUCUAAUUCUUAUAAUUAACCGGGUGACUAUUGGGAGUUUUGAGUGAAAAUUUGUUAUUUUUCGGUCCCGGUGGCAUUCAUUUUCAGUUUAGUAUUUUUUCACGCAAAUUGACAUUUUUGGAGUAAUUUGAUUGUAAAAAUGCAUAUGAUUAGCGGUUGUGGUGAGUUGUGAUUUUACAGGUCGAAUUUGCGGUGAAUAAUAUAUUGUUUGGGCCAAAUCAUUUGCGGGUUACUUUAUUAAGUAGUGAAGCCCAAAGAGUCCAUAGGAGCUGGGUUUUUCUCCCGGAAAACAACCCCAGCCGCAGAAUAGAAGCCAACCACGAUCCAUUCCUUUCACGUAGCAGCAGUAGCCCAGGACAAGAUCACCCAUUCUUUCUUUUCAUUUUUCUGAAGAAAACCCCAGCCGCACGAGUUCGUUUUUUUCCCCAGUUCACUUAGCCGCAGAACACAAGCAGCCGUAGCCAGUAGUAGCUCAUAUUUUUUUUCUUUCUGUUCGUAGUUAAACCGGCCGCCGUAGAAGAUCAUCCACUUUUUUCCUAUUCGAAGCACAAAAACAAGUAGCCGCAGGGGAUUUCUUUUUUCUGUUCAUUCACUCUUAGCGGCAGCAGCGUUUUCGGGCUUCUACUUGUCAAUUAGCCGCAGCCGGCAGUAACUAGAAGACCAGCAGCCGCACCGCACAAUUCUGUCAUUCUAAACACUGCAGCGAGUUCAUUCUCUUCUUCUUCACUGAGCAGCAGCAAGGAGAUACCAGACUUCACUUUUCUUCAUUUUCUUUCAAUUCAAUUUACAUUCCAAGCAAGAAUUGUAAGUUUCAGCAUUUUUUACAUACUAGUUCGUGAACUUAGAUUAAAUUUCGAAUUGGUUUGUCUCUAAUUAGUAAUUUCAGAAUUUUUCCAUUAAUUACUUAUAAUUCAAGUUUUAUUUCUAGCUCCAUAUCAUGCUUAUCAAUAUUAUUGUGAUGUUAAUUUUAAUUAUGAGUAGCUAAUUUUUAUAUAGGGUUUGAAUUGGGGCUAGGGUUCAUGGGUUCUUGAGGGUGUGAAUUUAGUUUUUCUGAAAUUCAAUUAAUUUUCUGGAAAAUUGUAUAAGAUUAAUCAUAAUUGUCUAUAUGAAUUUGAUCACCUCAUAUAUGAAUUUCUGGAUUUAAUUCAAUUCUUGUCCAUGAGAAAUUGAGUUAAAUUAGCUUGGGUCUUAUACAAACAAUCUGAUCUUAGAAGUAAGUUAGGAUUGUGGAAAUUUGAUUUAAUUCUUGUCUAUGAGAAUUUAUUUCAUUUUCUUUCUAGGAAUUAUUGAAAAUUAAUUUACUUAAUUCUAAUCCCGAAAGAACACCCAGAACCCGAACCAUCCAAUUUGAACCCUGUUUUACUAUCUUGAAUCAAUUUAAUUUUGUUUCUUUUCACUCUAUUUAUUUUUGCACUUGAUUUUUUUAAACCACCCAAAAUCAUUAUUUGGAAAGAUUACCAUGACUUGUGCUAGCCUGUGAUCACGGACUGUAUGUAAAAACUUCCUUUUUGCCACUCCUUGAGAGACGAUACUCGUGGUCUGGUUAUUCUUCGGAUUAGCCAACUACGUUUUACUCACUAAAAAAAUACACCGAUCAAAUGGCGCCGUUGCCGGGGAGUGGCACGGUUGUUUGUUAAGUACUUUUCUGUGGAAUAGGUAAAAGCAAGUCGGUGAGACUUUCUAUUUUUUUUCUGUUAUUUGUUUUUGUUUUCGGUGUUCUUUGCACGUGAACUAAGCUGCAGGAACCAGUGUAUGCGCACUCGCUCCUCAGGGGAACAAGAUCUAAUUGAAGGGUAUUCUAAUCCUGAACGCUUAUUCCGAGGAAGAGCUAAAAGGCGUUUGCUAGAAGAUUUGGAAAAAAUGGCUGAUCAGACAACUCUGGAGAGGUUGACGCCUAACUAUGUGGCGAGAAAUAGCAUUGGUGCACCCACCAUUGAGGCCAACAAUUUUGAAAUCAAGCCGGCCAUGAUCCAGAUGCUUACUAAUAAUCCAUUCUGUGGAUACACGCAUGAAGAUCCAAUGGAGCAUAUUGAGAGCUUUAUUCAGACUUGUGCCACGUUCAAAUAUAAUGGAGUGUCCAGCGAAGCAGUCAGGUUGACUUUAUUCCCGUUCUCGUUGAAAGACAAAGCUUCACGGUGGCUCCGUAGCUUUCCAAACGGGCAUUUUGAUACAUGGGAGAAGCUUCAUCAGGCAUUUAUGCAGGAGUAUUUUCCUCCCUCUGCCGCUAUCAAGGUUCAGACGGAAAUUCUCAAUUUCACUCAAGCUCCAACCGAAACUUUCAGUGAAGCGUGGGAUAGGCUGAAGACGCUGAAAAGGAAGUGCCCUGAAACAUUCAUGAAUGCAGCAACAAUUAUGUGCAGAUUUUAUAAUGGGUUGCGGUUGGAGUAUAUGAGAGAACUCGAUCGGGCAUCUCAAGGGGGUAUGUUUCUGAAAUUAUCCCCACAGGCAGAAGAGCAAAUAAUUGAAAACUUGGCUUCAAAUGACAAGUAUUGGUAUGCGGGUAAAGAGAGAGCUCAAAAUCCACCCGGUUUGCUCAAUCUUGAUCCCAUCACUGCACUUACAGCGAAGAUUGAGGGGCUGGUAGUGGAAGUGAAAGACUUGAAGGCGCAGACCUCUCAACAGCAGCAAGUUCAUAAUAUUGGGGCAUAUCAGCCCUCUUAUCCUAUGUAUUCUGCCCCACUUCCUGUUCGAGCAAGCUAUCCAAGCCCAACCGGCCAAGAACUCGCUUUAUCUUGCGAGAUGUGCAUGGGAGCUCACUUCACUCACACAUGUCCUCUUUAUGUUCAGAAUCAGGCAUCACCAGUGGUCCAGAAUGUCAAUUUCAUGGAAUAUGGUCAAGGCCAUAGAGGAGGUGGACAAUUUUUCAACAAUCAAGGUCAGAGGGGAAACUUUCAGCAAGCAGAAGGCACGUGGAGGCCUGAAAAUCAGAAUCAAGGGCAGCGAAAUGCCCCUAAUUUUCAAGGAAAUUUUCAGAACAGAGGCAAUUCAAAUCAGCCCACUUAUAUCCCGCCUCAUCAAAGACAGUUUAAGCAGCUUCCUGUAAAUGCAGCGCUAGAGAAAACAGUGGUUGAAUUAGCCAAAAACCAAGCGGAGAUGCACCAGCGUUUCAGCAACCUGGAAGCUCUUAUCCGCCAGCUUGGCUCAAGUGCUUCAAGAGAAUCGGGCAGCCUUCCGAGUUCAACAGAACCCAAUCCAAGGGAGCAAGUGCAGGCCGUUACACUACGCAGCGGGAGAACCCUUAAAGAAGAUGAUAUUCUGAUUGUACCUCAACAAAAAGAGGACCAGCAACCUCAAGUGGCUGAAGAACCAGUGGCUGCCCCUAUUCCAUCCAAGAGUAAUGAAGCUCAAAAAGAAGACUCUCAGAAGAAAAAGGAGAGUAAGAAGACUCCACCCCUUCCGUUUCCUACACGGGUGAAGAAGAGCAACGAUAACACGAACUUGAUUAGAUUUAUGGAGCAUCUGAAGCAGCUCCAUAUCAAUAUGCCAUUCAUGGAAGCUUUGACGGAGAUGCCGAGCUACGCAAAAUUUAUGAAGGACCUCCUUACGAAAAAGAGGAGGUGGGAAGAGCCAGAAGUGGUGGAUCUCAAUGCAGAAUGUUCAGCAGUUGUUCUGAAGACCAUGCCUCCAAAAUUAAAAGACCCAGGGAGUUUUCUUGUACCUUGUUCUAUUGGAAAUUUUAAGUUUAAUAAUGCUUUAGCUGAUUUAGGAGCUAGCAUCAACCUGAUGCCUUCCUCCGUGGUCAUGAAACUUGGCUUGGGUGAACUUAAGCCCACUCGUAUGUGCCUCCAGCUAGCGGACCGAUCGGUGAAAUACCCGAAAGGAAUUCUAGAGGAUGUAUUAGUACGGGUGGAAAAGUUCAUAUUCCCUGUUGAUUUUGUUGUCAUGGACAUGGAGGAAGAUCGUGAGACUCCGCUUAUUUUAGGAAGGCCCUUUCUAGCUACUGCUAGGGCCCUUGUUGAUGUUGCUGAUGGUACACUUUCUCUGAGAGUUGGAGAUGAUGUGUGUACUUUUAAACUCUCAGAGGUGACGAGUAAGACCUCAGACCCCACUGAAUCAUGCAAUUAUCUUGAUAUGUUUGAGUCAGUGGAGGGGUAUUUGUUUGGAGGCGAUAGUGAUAUUACCCCACCGGAUAGUGACAUUCAUUAUAUGGGGGAUGUUGUGGCCGAAAAUGAAGAAGAAAUGACUGUUGAUUGCGAGCAGGUGAUUAAGGAUGAUGUUUUCUCUAAGUUGCUUACUGAGUUUAAGGAGCAGCCCACUGAUAAGGUUACUCCUGAACUCAAACCGCUCCCUAGUCACCUGGAGUAUGCGUUUUUGGACACAGAGGGCCAGCACCCUGUUAUUAUUUCAGCUCAGUUAGAGUCGGGACAAAAGGAAAAAUUGGUGACAUUUAUGCGUUGUAUGAUAGCUAUCUUUAAAAAGUUUAUUGGUGACUUUAAGGAGGUUCUAAGCCUUGAGCCAGGUUAGGAAUGAGAAUCUUUGUCAAGCUAGUGACGUUAAAGAAGCGCUUUUGGGAGGCAACCCACCAAAAAGAGAAAAUGAAAAAAAAAAGAAUUGGGAGUUUCCUUUCUUUUCUUUUCCUGUUUUUGCAUCUUUGUUUUUGUUGUCAUCUCGUGGUUGUUUGGUUGGAAUUCUUUGCUCUGAAUUGCAGGUACGCCAAGGUGAUCAUAUACUGGUGUGGAGGAAGAAACACAACUUUAUGAAGAUGGGGCUAUUCAACAGUUUCAUAGCAGGCCAUUGAGAUGGAUUUGGAUUUGAGACCUAAACUUGCUUGAGAAGUGAAGUCACUGGCAGCAAUUAACCAAAUGUUUGGAGAUCCUGGAUGGCACCGCAUGCUGAUUUUUUAGGACCAGAUCAGCUGCCCAUUGACAGUAGAACACUUUGAUGGGAUAAGCAGACUUUGCUGGCAGAUUUAGACCUUGGGUUGAAGACUGGCUGAAGGCUUCCAAGGAAUGUCAUUCUACGCAGGAGAAACAUUUCACGCUAAUUUUAGAUUGAUUAGACAGUGAACCGGGCUGGCUUAUCACGUUCUCCACUAAUUUCCUUUUUUGGAGCUUAUCUGAACGCGUUUUAGAGAACGAAGCAGUGCCCGUAGUCUAGUCUUUACUUCACCAGUGCACCAGACAGCGAUUCACACUUACUCAAGAUUGGAAGAGUUCACAGCAGCAUAUAUGAUGCGAGCAAGUUCACCGGGCAGAGUCCACACUUCAAAUUGAACCUUCGGUCACCACACUUUGGACAAACUGUCAUUUCAGUGACAGGAUUCAGCAGCUUCUACACACUGAGGAGACCGAUUUCAGAUUUAUUAUGGAGGUUAUUCACCGUCGUUUGGCUUGUACGGUAUUCUGCCAACUUUUACUACACUACUAAGAAUGUGUGUUUACUCUCAUAUUACUCCUCUUGUGUGAUUUGUGUUGAUUAUUAUUCUGAUUAUGAUGUGUUGCCGGGCUGAUAAUCAUUUUAUUCAUUAACUUGCCCCUGCUAUUUUUGCUUUUAAAUCUUUUCUUUUACCUCGAGGGCGAUGUCACCCCUAAGUGUGGGGAGGUUUGGUUUUAGCUUGGACAUGGCAUUUGGUGAUGAAGUUAUUUUGCCCAAAAACAUUUUGAGGUGCACGAGGUUUUUUCUGGUUUAGCAACGCAAUAGAGGUAACUUGUUAAUCUUUAUUUUCUUUUGUAAUCUUCCAUCUCCUCCAUCUUUCUUGGAAAUAAUAAGUAAUGUUGUAAUCAUCGGGGUGGUGUGUAUAUUCUUGGGAGAUGUUGGCAUGUUGGAUGGUUUGAUUUGUGUUGAUUGAAUUCGGUGUUACUAGUGAUUCACUUGUUCGUCAUCAAUAAUUCCUUGACUGGCCACCUGUUGAAAAUCCUUACUCCGUAAGGAGCUCUGCUUUCUAAGCAUAUCGGGAUAACUUCAUGCUAAGUAGGUAACUGAUUCUUGUAAUGGGAUUACACUUCGUGUGUCGAGAAUUUCAUCCCCGAAAUGGGGCUCUGCUCAUCUCGCGAAUCACCUCGUGUGAGAGUUGAGUACACAGUAAUGAGAUAAACUCCCAGGCCCUAGAGCUUGAAUCAGUCCUGCAAUCCAGAACAUGGUCAACUUUACCUAUUCAAAAAAAAAAAAAAAAGAAUCACGAGUAUACCAGUUUUAUCACACAACUCUUGGGUUUUUGGAAUGAUUGGUGGUUUGAAUUUCACACACCUACACCGUUGGGACCAUCAUGCUUUUCUUUACAUUUUAGUCGGUUGGAGAGGGAUUUUACUUUUGAAAAUAUUGUUUAACAUGUGAAUCUCGGUUUCGUUGUUAAGGAAGAAAAGCCCUUGUGCAGUCAUUUGUUUUGGGUGUGAAUGAUUUCUGAACCAGGUGUUACAUGUGAUUAUUUUGUUUUCUGUGGGUUUAAUGCACUGUUUCUUGGGGGCAAGCAACGCUCAAGUGUGGGGAGAUUUGAUAGGCUCGUUCCGUUCCUAUCUUUUCACUCAUAUUUCGGGUGUUAAUUGUCUAAUUCUUAUAAUUAACCGGGUGACUAUUGGGAGUUUUGAGUGAAAAUUUGUUAUUUUUCGGUCCCGGUGGCAUUCAUUUUCAGUUUAGUAUUUUUUCACGCAAAUUGACAUUUUUGGAGUAAUUUGAUUGUAAAAAUGCAUAUGAUUAGCGGUUGUGGUGAGUUGUGAUUUUACAGGUCGAAUUUGCGGUGAAUAAUAUAUUGUUUGGGCCGAAUCAUUUGCGGGUUACUUUAUUAAGUAGUGAAGCCCAAAGAGUCCAUAGGAGCUGGGUUUUUCUCCCGGAAAACAACCCCAGCCGCAGAAUAGAAGCCAACCACGAUCCAUUCCUUUCACGUAGCAGCAGUAGCCCAGGACAAGAUCACCCAUUCUUUCUUUUCAUUUUUCUGAAGAAAACCCCAGCCGCACGAGUUCGUUUUUUUCCCCAGUUCACUUAGCCGCAGAACACAAGCAGCCGUAGCCAGUAGUAGCUCAUAUUUUUUUUUUUCUUUCUGUUCGUAGUUAAACCGGCCGCCGUAGAAGAUCAUCCACUUUUUUCCUAUUCGAAGCACAAAAACAAGUAGCCGCAGGGGAUUUCUUUUUUCUGUUCAUUCACUCUUAGCGGCAGCAGCGUUUUCGGGCUUCUACUUGUCAAUUAGCCGCAGCCGGCAGUAACUAGAAGACCAGCAGCCGCACCGCACAAUUCUGUCAUUCUAAACACUGCAGCGAGUUCAUUCUCUUCUUCUUCACUGAGCAGCAGCAAGGAGAUACCAGACUUCACUUUUCUUCAUUUUCUUUCAAUUCAAUUUACAUUCCAAGCAAGAAUUGUAAGUUUCAGCAUUUUUUACAUACUAGUUCGUGAACUUAGAUUAAAUUUCGAAUUGGUUUGUCUCUAAUUAGUAAUUUCAGAAUUUUUCCAUUAAUUACUUAUAAUUCAAGUUUUAUUUCUAGCUCCAUAUCAUGCUUAUCAAUAUUAUUGUGAUGUUAAUUUUAAUUAUGAGUAGCUAAUUUUUAUAUAGGGUUUGAAUUGGGGCUAGGGUUCAUGGGUUCUUGAGGGUGUGAAUUUAGUUUUUCUGAAAUUCAAUUAAUUUUCUGGAAAAUUGUAUAAGAUUAAUCAUAAUUGUCUAUAUGAAUUUGAUCACCUCAUAUAUGAAUUUCUGGAUUUAAUUCAAUUCUUGUCCAUGAGAAAUUGAGUUAAAUUAGCUUGGGUCUUAUACAAACAAUCUGAUCUUAGAAGUAAGUUAGGAUUGUGGAAAUUUGAUUUAAUUCUUGUCUAUGAGAAUUUAUUUCAUUUUCUUUCUAGGAAUUAUUGAAAAUUAAUUUACUUAAUUCUAAUCCCGAAAGAACACCCAGAACCCGAACCAUCCAAUUUGAACCCUGUUUUACUAUCUUGAAUCAAUUUAAUUUUGUUUCUUUUCACUCUAUUUAUUUUUGCACUUGAUUUUUUUAAACCACCCAAAAUCAUUAUUUGGAAAGAUUACCAUGACUUGUGCUAGCCUGUGAUCACGGACUGUAUGUAAAAACUUCCUUUUUGCCACUCCUUGAGAGACGAUACUCGUGGUCUGGUUAUUCUUCGGAUUAGCCAACUACGUUUUACUCACUAAAAAAAUACACCGAUCAUCAAGCAUAAAAAAUCUGGAAACUCAAGUUAGCCAAAUUUCAAAUGUUGUGAGCCGACUUGAAGCAAAGGACUCGGGUAAACUCCCAUCUCAAACGGAGCAAAACCCGAGACAACAUGUGAAUGCUAUGAUGUUGAGAAGUGGGACGACAUUGAAAGAGUUAGAGAAGGAAGAUCAAAAGGUUGAGCAAGUUGAUCGUGAAGAGGAAGCUAAUCAGAGGAGGGAAUCACAAAAGCAAAACUACCUCCACUUUCAUCGUAUGAACCAAUAGCCCCGUUCUCCGAGGCGCUGAGGCAAACAAAGAAGCCAAGGAGAGAUGCGGAUAUCUAUGAGACUUUCUCCGAGUGUGAGAUAUGGAAGCACAAGAAUGAAAUAGACACCGAAAGGAAUUCCAUUAGAAUGAUAUGAAGUUUUUCGAAUAGAUGAAAUUUCUCUAGCGCUACUAUCGAAAAGCUCAGCUCUCCGCCACCGCCGCCGCCACAACCGAAGUCCAGACAGACUUCAUCUCAACAAGGUGCGGCGAUGCCGCCAUACUCUACCAGAGCUUAUGCAAGUCAUCCCUCUCCCCCUACGCCAGCACCGUGAAGCAAGACCUUGGUAUUCUGGCUCGGGUCGCCAUCGACGUCAGCCGCAAUCAAACCGAGCCGGUUCUCGAUCUCGUCAAAUCCCUCUUUCGCGGGACCAAUGUAACAGUCGUGGAUGCCCUUAAGGUACAAGGCCUCAACAUUGGAAGAUGUGAAAGUGUGGAUGAAAGCAGCUUUGGACGAAGAGAAUCGGUGCGAUAGGGCGUUCGAUCAGGUGGGGGAUAUGUCCCUCAAAGGCAAGGUGUUGGGCAAGCUACUCCUGGCUAAGCAGCUCACUAGCAAUGCAGGAGCUUUGCUUCUUCAAUUUGCUCCAAAGAUUGGGGCUUAAUUUGCUCAUCUAUAUUACUAUAUGUGUAGUAUUUUAUUAAUCGCCUAUUCCCUCUUCAAACAGUCACAUUUCCCAUCUUAUCUUAUUUAAUUAAAAGUAAUUUGAAACAGUUAAUGAUUAAAUAAACAUAGCAUGUGUUUGCAUAUGCUCUUCCGAUC